UUUUGAGGGUGACAUAAUUGGUUAUUAGAACUUCCGGGGAAAAUUCAAAGCCGCAUACGGUUCGUCAUCUACUUAUACCGCCACAUUGUGCUGAGAUUAGAAAGCUGAUCGUUUCGUCGCGUCCGGCUAUAUCCGAUCCAUUAAGAGAAAUUUUCGGCAAACGUUUGUUUUCCGCCCUCUUUGCUUGAGGAUUAUAUAAUUUUCAACACUUAAUUCCAAGAAUAACGGACAGCUGUUGAAAUGCCUGGAGCAGGCACUUUCAAGCUUUUCAUCGGGAAUCUAGACGAGAAGACGCAGGCUACGGAGCUGCGGCCACUAUUUGAAAAAUACGGUACCGUCGUAGAAUGUGAUGUCGUGAAAAAUUAUGGCUUUGUUCAUAUGGAAACUGAACAGCAGGGUCGCGACGCCAUUCAAAAUUUGAACGGUUACGUGUUGAACGACAACGCCAUUAAAGUGGAGGCGGCAAAAAGUCGACGCGCUCCUAAUACGCCAACAACGAAAAUCUUCGUGGGAAAUUUAACGGAUAAAACGCGUGCGCCCGAAGUGCGUGAAUUGUUCCAAAAGUAUGGAACUGUUGUCGAAUGUGACAUCGUUCGUAACUACGGCUUCGUUCAUUUGGAUUGCAUCGGUGACGUUCAAGAUGUUAUCAAGGAGUUGAAUGGUCGCGUCGUUGACGGUCAACCACUAAAAGUGCAAGUUUCUACUAGCCGUGUACGCCCAAAACCUGGCAUGGGUGAUCCGGAGCAGUGCUAUCGUUGCGGUCGUUCCGGCCAUUGGUCGAAAGAAUGUCCACGCUUAUACGGCGGUGAACGCGGUUUAAGUGCCGGCGGAUAUAGAGACCGAAUGUACGGCCGUGAUCCGUAUCCUCCACCUCCACCACCACCACCAUUCUUACGUGACAGGAUCAUGGAUGGCUUUAGGGAUUAUGACUACUAUGAUCGUAGAUUCGAUGAUACUCGCGACUUAUUUGAAAGGCGCUAUCAAAGCUCACGAAUGCGGGAUUUCCCGCCACCACCAUUAUCUCGUCGGGAGCCCAUGCCCCUUCCCCCACCGUUAAGUGGCAGUAUAAGAGGUAGCAGCCUUUCACGUGGUUAUGAUUCUAUGUUUAGUCGCCGUUCACCACCCCCUCGAAGCAGCAAUGGACUUAGCCGCUAUGGUUAUGAGGAUUUUAGUCGCGAUUCAUUUGACGAUAGGAUGAUUUCGUCAAGAGGAAUGCGCGGUCCAUCGCCGCCGGGUCGUCGUUAUGCACCAUACUGAGAUGAACUUUACUUCGGCCGCACAACUUAUAUGAGCGGUAGUUUGUGUGACGGAUAAGAGAACCUGCUCACGGUCAAAUGACAAUUCAUUUAUAUGAACUUUUUUUUAUCACAUUCACAUACUUUAAAUGUAUUACAAAGGGUUUAAGGUGUAUUUAAAUCUAUUAUAUUCACAGAUCACGUAUAGUUUUGAAGAAUUGUAUAGAUUUACAAUUUAAAAUACAUAAUUAUGUAAUAUGUCAUUUUUGUCCAUUAAGUUUUGACGACAUUCUUUACAGUACAUAGUAUCAAAUACACGGAGCUGAAAUUGCAGUAUAUCAGUAGCAAUUAAUAAGAUUCACUAAUAUUUCAAUAUGAUAAUAUAACUUGCGGAUACAAUAAAACGCAUGAUGAAAUUGAAAA